GCACCAAUCCAGCUCCAGUACUAGACUGGGGCCAUUCCGGUUACCACCAGCUCCAGUGAUCUUGUCCAGUCUACGAUGGGUGUCGGGAACGGAAUGGCGAAGCUGCUUCUUCCAGCUCUGCUUCUGGCAGCAACCGCUUGCAUCGGCGUUCACGCCAAGUUCAGCAGGUACAGCUUCCCCAAGGACUUCGUCUUCGGCACAGGCUCCGCGGCGUAUCAGUAUGAGGGUGCCUACAACGAAGGAGGCAAGGGGCCUAGCAUAUGGGACAAGUUCACUCACAUCCCAGGUAAGAUCUUGAACAACGAUACCGGCGACGUAGCAGAUGACAUGUACCAUCGAUACAAGGAGGAUGUGCAACUCCUCAAGGACAUGAACUUGGACGCCUUCCGGUUCUCCAUUGCCUGGACCAGGAUCCUGCCAAACGGUUCCCUGAGUGGAGGAAUCAACAAAGAAGGCGUGGCCUUCUAUAACAACCUCAUCAACGAGGUCAUAGCCAAAGGGCUGAAGCCAUUUGUCACCAUCUUCCACUGGGACACGCCCCUGGCCCUGGAGGACAAGUAUGGAGGAUUCCUCAGCGAGAACAUCAUCAAGGACUACGUGGACUUCGCCGAGGUUUGCUUCAAAGAGUUCGGCGACCGCGUCAAGGCCUGGACCACGUUCAACGAGCCGUGGACGUACUCGUACCAGGGCUACGCCGUCGGCAAGUCGGCGCCGGGCCGGUGCUCGUCGUACGUCAACAAGAACUGCUUCCCCGGCGACUCGGCGCGCGAGCCCUACACCGUGACGCACAACAUCAUCCUCGCCCACGCGGAGGCGGUGGCGCUGUACAACGCCAAGUACAAGCCGGCGCAGCGCGGGCAGAUCGGCAUCACCGUGGUGUCCAACUGGUACGUGCCCACCAACGCCAGCUCCGCCGCCGACGUCAAGGCCGUGCAGCGCAGCCUGGACUUCAUGUACGGCUGGUUCCUGGACCCCAUCGUGCACGGCGAGUACCCGGGCACCAUGCUCGGCUACCUGGGCGACCGGCUGCCCAGGUUCACCGCGGCGCAGGCGAAGCUCAUCAAGGGCUCCUACGACUUCAUCGGCGUCAACUACUACACGGCCUACUUCGCCUCCGCCAAGCCGGCGCCCAACGGGAUGGAGCAGUCCUACGACGGCGACAUCCGCGCCAACACCUCCGGGUACCGCGACGGCGUGCCCAUCGGCACGCCGGAGUUCGUGCCCAUCUUCUUCGAGUACCCGCAGGGGCUCCGGGAGCUGCUGCUCUACACCAGCCGCCGCUACGGCAGCCCGGUGCUCUACGUCACGGAGAACGGCAUCGCGGAGGAGAACAACAGGACGAUUCCGCUGGAGGUGGCGCUCAGGGACGGGCACAGGAUCAGGUUCCACAGCCAGCACCUGCAGUUCGUGAACCACGCCAUCAGGGACGGCGUGAAUGUGAAGGGCUACUUCACCUGGACCUUCAUGGACUGCUUCGAGUGGGGGGACGGCUACCUGGACCGCUUCGGCCUCAUCUUCAUCGACCGCCUCAACGGCCUCAAGCGCUACCGGAAGGAGUCCAGCUACUGGAUCCAGAACUUCUUGAAGAGAUAGAUGUGGUGUCGAUCGGCCUCAUCCAUCUCACUCGCUGGCCAUGAGAGGGUCCAUCUCGUCCGUUUCCACUGGUUGGCUCGUGCCAUGUCGUUGUUGCCAAGGGGCUGACCGAGUGACCGGCCGGGUACGGUGAAUUAUUUGUUUGCAGAGAGUGAUUGUUGGUUUGUAUGGUUGUAGUCUAUGGGGUCGCCAUUGGUGUCCGUUCUUGAGUUUGAGUGUGCGUACUCCUGCUAGAGGGGAAAUAAAGCUCUUACUGCCGAGCUAUGUCAGUCGAACGUACAUGUAAUGUACAGUUCGGUCCCUUUCAACCAAAAUAAACCAAGGCCAUGUGAAAAAAAUUUGGAUUUCACUGUUGUAGCA